AUGGACAACGAAGAGAAAGGAGUUCCCCAUGUUCGCUUUGGGGAGCUCAAUCUCCCCGCCGAGGCAGAUGGAUACGUGACACACGACCGGCGCUAUGAGCGGCCGUUGUCAAGACGGUCCAGCGUGGGCAGCAUGUCUAUUCGCAGCGCUGGAGGAGCCCGUACGGUUCAGCCAGAAACUGCUCUGCCCAUCGCCUACCGCACACUGUCUAUUGAGGUUGAUGAGCGUCAACUUGAGAAACAAGUCGAGACGAAAAAGGCAAAGGAGAAAGCAGCAAUUGAUGUGGCGGGCCUGGAAUGGCACACUCUUGCCGUACCCGACCUGUGCCAGCGUCUUCAUGUCAACACUGAGCGCGGUCUCUCCGACGACGACAUCAAACGGCUCAGGAACCAGUAUGGUCCGAACAAGAUCACUCCUCCUCCCUCUGGAAUUGUGGGCAAGCUGACUGGAUACUUCUUUGGUGGUUUUGGAAGUAUUCUGAUCGUUGCUGGUAUCCUGGUAUUCGUCUCCUGGAAGCCACUGGGCGAUCCCCCAGCGACCGCCAACCUGGCGCUUGCCUGUGUGUUGAUUGCUGUCUGGCUCAUCCAAGCGGGAUUCAAUGCGUGGCAGGAUUGGUCGACGAGCAAGGUCAUGGCUUCCAUUGGUACUAUGCUUCCAGAUCAGUGUAUCGUGGUUCGCGGCGGCUCGCAGACGAGCAUCUCAGCUCAGAACUUGGUUCCCGGAGACGUCAUCAUCAUCAAGCAGGGAAACAAGCUUCCGGCCGAUGUUCGUUUUAUUGAAGUCUCUGGAGAUGCCAUGUUUGAUCGCGCUAUUCUUACAGGUGAAUCCGAACCAGUGAAUGCCACCAUCAACCGAACCGAAGACAAUUAUCUCGAAACCAACAACAUUGGUAUGCAAGGAACGCAUUGUGUUUCUGGUAGCUGUGUGGGUGUGUGUGUGGCAACUGGUGACGAUACGAUUUUCGGCCGCAUCGCAAAGCUCACUUCGAACCCCACGACUGGCAUGACCCCACUACAAAAGGAGAUUCUGCACUUUGUACUCAUCAUCUCCGCAUUUAUCUUCUGCGUUGUGGUAUUUAUCAUCAUUCUCUGGGCCGCUUGGCUGCGAAAAGCGCAUCCCAAAUGGAUCAACGUGCCCCAGCUCAUCGUCAGUUGUGUUUCUGCAGCCGUUGCCUUCAUCCCUGAGGGUCUCCCCAUCGCGCUCACCACAAGCUUGACCAUCGUUGCCAACAUGAUGCGCAAGAACAAGAUUCUCUGCAAGUCCCUCAAGACCGUCGAAACACUGGGCUCUGUCUCCGUGAUCUGCUCUGACAAAACCGGAACUCUGACCAAGAACAAGAUGGUGGUCACCGAUGUGUGUUCUGUGGAUAAAACGUACACUGUCGAUGCAGCGCUCAGAGAAAUGGCUGCGGCUGAGUUUAUAACUGAUGGUACAGUACCAAAGCCUGCCGCUAUCGAACAGAUCCACAUUGUCGGUGGUCUCUGCAACUCUGGUGAAUUCGACGCCGCGACCAUGCACUUGCCUAUUGCUGAUCGCAAGAUCAACGGCGACGCAACGGACCAAGCUAUUCUCCGACUGUCCGAGUCCUUUGGCUCCGUCAAUGAGCUCCGGAACCAGUGGAAAAAGACUUUCGAGAUUGCGUUCAACAGCAAGAACAAGUUCAUGGUCAGGAUCAUGGUCGCCGCCGAUCAACCCAGCACCACCAGCGUCGGUACCCUCCUCGUCAAAGGCGCUCCGGAUAUCCUCCUGCCCCGCUGCGAACUCGCUCUCAACGAACAAGGCGAAGAAAUCGUCAUGUCGGAUCUCAAACGCCAGUGGAUCGAAAGUGUCAAAGACGACUGGUCGCGUCAGGGCAAACGUGUCCUCCUUCUCGCCCGCAAGCCCACCAUAGUCGCGACCUCCGGAGCUCAAGAAAAAGACGUCCUUGCCUCGAUUCGCGACGGUCUUACAUUCGUAGGCAUUGUCGGCAUCGUCGAUCCCCCUCGUGACGAAAUCUCAGACGUCGUGCGUAUCCUCCGUGGCGCUUCGAUUCGCAUCUUCAUGGUUACCGGCGACUUCAAACUCACUGCGCAAGCAAUUGCUGAGGAAUGUGGUAUCAUUUCAAACUCUGCCAUCGUCGAUGAUAUCUCUGCUUUGGAUCGCUACGGAAAUUCUGUUGGCAAGACGAAGCAGGCGAUUGUCUUGAGCGGUUCCGAGCUUAUUACGCUCAACGAGGCCCAGUGGGAUCAGCUCUGUGCGUACCAGGAGAUUGUCUUUGCAAGGACUACACCCGAGCAGAAGCUUCGUAUCGUCAAGGAGUUCCAGGCCAGAGAGAAUGUUGUGGGUAUGACGGGUGACGGUGUCAACGACGCUCCCUCGCUCAAAGCUGCUGAUAUUGGUAUCGCUAUGGGCGGUGGCUCUGACAUUGCUAUUGAGGCUUCCGACAUGGUUCUUCUCGACUCGUUUGCCGCUAUUGUCGAAGCAGUCAAGUAUGGACGUCUUGUUUUCGACAACCUCAAGAAGACUAUUGUGUACUUGCUGCCAGCCGGUAGUUUCAGUGAGCUCUGGCCUGUCGUUACCAACGUUGUCUUCGGUAUCCCGCAGAUUCUGUCUUCCUUCCUCAUGAUUAUCAUCUGCUGUCUUACCGAUUGCGCCGCCGCCGUCACGCUCGCAUACGAGAAGCCCGAAGCCGACGUCCUGAUCCGUCCUCCCCGCAACAUCAAAAAGGACAAACUCGUCAACGCUCGCCUCAUCUUUCACGCUUACUUCUUCGUCGGUCUCCUACAAUGCUUCCUCGCCUUCACAAUGAGUUUCUGGUGGAUUGAGCGCAACGGCAUUCCCUUCACGGCCAUGUGGCUCAAGUUUGGAAACUACGAUCCACAAUACAGCCCAGAGCUCAUAACCAAACUCACAAAUGAGGCAUCCAGUAUCUACUUUGUCACCCUGGUCGUCAUGCAACUUUUUAAUCUCCUCGCAACACGUACCCGCCGCCUCAGCGUCUUCCAGCAACCUCCUAUUUUCAACAAGGCCACUCAGAACCUCUCUCUCUUUCCCGCCAUGAUCUUGGCCAUCGCAGUCGCCUUCAUCUUUCUGUACAUUCCGUCUCUGCAAAACGUCAUCGGCACCACCACUGUCCCAGUUGAGCACUGGUUCCUGCCCGCGGCGUUUGGCGCCGGCCUGCUGCUUCUCGACGAAGCGCGGAAGUAUUGCGUGCGUAAUUGGCCGAACGGCUUUCUUGCGAAGAUUGCCUGGUAA